AUGAGUGCCAUUUUAUCUGCCGACGACCUUAACGACUUUAUCUCUCCCGGUGUCGCCUGUAUCAAACCCAUCGAAACUCUCCCCUCGGCCCCGCCCCCGCAAUCGCAGUCCCUCGAGACCGAAGUUAUACUUGACGGCCAACAGCCUACCGCAAACCCAAACGCGCCUGCACAGAUUUCUCUCACGGAUUGUCUAGCCUGCUCUGGCUGCGUCACAUCCGCCGAGGCUGUCCUGGUCAGCCUUCAGAGCCAUGCCGAAGUUCUCACAACACUCGACUCGGCUCCGGCUUUGAGGCUGGUGACCGACGACAGCGGCAAGUUCACAGUUGAAGGGUUAGAGGAUGAGAAUGCAAAGCUGUUUGUUGCCAGUGUGAGCCCUCAAACAAGAGCCAACUUGGCUGCAGCAUGCGGCGCAGGUGUAUCAGAGGCUCAAGUCGGACACAUGCUUGAUAACCUGUUCCGUGGACCUGAAGGUGUUGCCAGUGGAGGCAAAUACAACAACGAAUUCGCAUGGGUUGUUGACACCAAUACUGCGAGAGAAGCAACCCUCGUCCUAGGCGCAGACGAAGUCCACAACCCUUCACAAUCCACACCUGCGACUCCAGCCAAACCGAUCCUUGCAUCAUCCUGCCCGGGGUGGGUUUGUUACGCCGAGAAGACUCAUCCUCACGUUUUACCACAUAUUUCAAAGGUCAAGUCGCCACAGGCUUUGAUGGGCACAUUGCUCAAGACGACAUUGAGCCGGACAUUGGGCAUUGCACCUAGUCGCAUUUGGCACCUGGCUAUCAUGCCCUGUUUUGACAAGAAACUUGAAGCCAGUCGAGAAGAGCUGACUGAGGAUGUCUGGGCCGAAGGAGAAAUUCGAGGUCGAGGUGUCCGCGACGUCGAUUGUGUCAUCACGAGCAAAGAGAUUCUCAUGCUCGCCGAGUCAAGAGGCAUGAACUUCUUUAACGUUCCCAAAACGCCACUAUCCAAGAGCAACCCAUUCCCCGAUCCCAAACUUCAUGAUUUUCUUUUCCCCCGACGACUGCCUGGAAAUCCACCUCGCGAGGCCGGCACAUCAGGUGGUUUGUUGUGGCAUAUCCUUAAAAGCCGAGCGGCACAGACCCCCGGAGCAGAAAUUGUACAUACCCGUGGUCGCAAUGUCGAUGUGGCAGAGUACUCUAUCGUUGUGAAUGGCGAACCAGUCUUUCGUGCCGCUCGGUACUAUGGCUUCAGAAACAUCCAAAACCUCGUUCGAAGAUUAAAGCCUGCCAAGCCAUCUCGAAUGCCUGGCGGCAAGCCGUUUGGAAGUGCUCGAAAGCCGGCAGGUAAGGCAGGCUCCCUUGAAUAUAGCUAUGUUGAAGUUAUGGCCUGCCCCGGAGGCUGCACCAACGGCGGCGGUCAAAUUAAAGUCGAUGACCCUGUUGUCAUGGAGCGAAAGAAUUACUCUGGCAACCCAGGUCCCCAGGAGCAGAAGAGCUGGCUUGCCGAAGUCGACGAGGCAUACUUCUCCGGAGAGGAAGCAGGCGCCUCCGAAGCUAUUGUUAAUGGGUCUGUAGGAGCUGUUGGUGGUAUUUCUCAUUCGUACAUACAUGAUACCCUGGCGCAUUGGGCGGAAAUCACAGAUAUUGGACUAGAUAGACUUGCAUUCACAACGUAUCGCGAGGUUAUUAGCGACGUUGGAAAGGAGGCAACCACAGAUGAAACAGUGGUACAACUGGCUGGAAAGAUAGGAGGCGGAUGGUAA